AUGCUCUCAAUAAUCAUCAAAAUCUCUCGAUCGCUCAUCUACUCAAGAACCCUAAUCGCAAUGCCUCCUCCUACAAUCAUCUACACUUAUGUGCCUACAUUAAAUGUCGUCAUAGCUGCUAGAUCUCUAGAUACUCCAAUCAUGAUCAUGGCCAAAAAUGAGGCAUUCUCUUUUGAAAUCCCUAUAAGGUUUCCGAACAAGGUUUUUGAAGGUUUCGUAGAUUAUCUUAUAAAAUAUCUACUUAGCUACGAUCUUGUUGAUAUUGUUGAUUCGUUUCUUCCUCGACAUGUUUGUGACUUUUACUAUACUUCUACUUACUAUGAUGUUGGAUUUAUUAUUGGUACAAUAGGAGAUGGAGCGAAUACUAUCUUGGUGACUGUGAAUGAUGUUCGAAGGGGAUUACGCCUUCCAAUUAAGGAUGAAUACUUUCCUACUCCCUCCUAG